AAGCAUAAUCACACCAUGAAUCGUAAUCGAGUUUACACAACCACAUAGUUGCCUAACCCAUGUCUCCGCGUCAUGAUUCCUUUCGCGGCUACAGCUUGCGUCGUACCUCAUACGUUUCAGGGCGUAAGCCGCCUUCUGAUUGGCCCCCCGGGGCUUAGCUGCCCUCGAUCGGAGUAAUGAGAUGUCCGCUCUGCCGGUGCAUCACUUACGCAGAUCCCGAUGCUGCCGGAGUAGUUUGUCGAGAUGUUCCAUGUAUGGGUCUUAGCAGUGGCCCAGGAAUGUUGUAUGUAUCUUCCAAAGCCUGUACUCACCCCGCAGAAACCUUUCCUGUGUCUUCUUUGCGUAACGACAAACCCUAGACCCUGCUCAAGACAACGGCAGUCUUCAAGACGGAAUAAAUGCUCCUGUCUCCUAGCUCAAUCACAGCGAGAUCCUCCAUAUAACGAACGGUUGGUGAAGCUAGCGAGACCACGAAGGCGGCACUUCUCUGGAAGAGACUGCGUGUUCGGCCACAUAGUGGCAAAUAGAGGCAUGGAUAACAUGAGUCGUCAGGGUACUUUAGUGUCUCGACAUCCCCCAAGUCUUGACAGUAUGCAGUUGUCUCGAAAUGGUGGUGCUGUAUCGACAGACCCGGAAUUUCGCCAUAGAAGCUCGCCUUCAAAAAUUGCCAACAAGUCAACUACCUGGCACGCCGACUCUGAGCGAGAACCUAGAUAACUACUUGAGGCACCAUAACAGAUUUUCCUGUAGCAGGAACAAGUGGCCGCGGCACCAUUGCCGAGUUGAUUGUCAUACAUAC